AUGGCCUCGGAGCCUUUGGACUCUGAGGCCGUGCCCGAGGUCUAUGAGGACAGCGCUGUGACCUCUGCUCUUCCGACGCACCGGGAAGCUACAUUGCAGGAGGAACAAGGGCCGCAAGAUGAUGCGGUUCUCCCUGCUGCGCUGAAGCGUAUCUUGCAACUGCGUCGGGAGGAGGAUGACCAGAGCGAGGAUGACCUCAGCGGGGGCGGUGAGGGGAACACUGCCACACGGCCAGCUGCCCCCCCAGAGGGCUGGACUGCGCCUCUGCGAGAAUUUUCGGAAGAGGUGAGACGAAUCUCCGUUGAGGCUGCGCGUUGUCAGGGCCAGCUGGAGGUGAGGACGUUUUUCGACCUGCAGGGCUACAAUCUGGAGAGCUUUGCUUCGAAGACUCAACCGGAGCCGGGGGGCCUGUUGCUGAUGUACAUGUUUUACUCGCGGAUUUUCGACAAGGUG